AUGGCCAUCGAGAAGAGUGCCGUAGCUGCCGUCUGUUGCUGUCUUUUGCUGCUUCCGGCGUACAGUGUUCUUGCUAAAAGCUCGGAGGAAAAAUCGGAAGAGAGCCUUUUCGAGCAGGACUUAGGCGACCAGUUCAAGAUCGAUGCGUCGACGCAGGGUCUGCAGAAGGUGAACCUUCGAUGCGGGGCCGAUUCGAUGCGCAUCGAGCUGAAGACGGAGGAAGACUUCCAGGGCGUCAUGUACACACGGGGUAGCUACUACAAGCAGACGAAGCCGUGCUUCGUGAAACCGGAACGAGCCGGCCGGACGCUCGAGAUGAAGUUUAACCUCGACCAAUGCCAGACGGUAAACAACGGCGAGGUGUACUCGAACAUUGUGGUCGUCCAGCACGAUCCGGACAUCGUUACGCCCGGGGAUGCUGCGUUCGCCGUCGAGUGCGAUUUCCGCAAGCCGCGCGGAGUGACGGUCAGCUCGGAGAUUCAGGCACGCGAUAGCGAUCAGACACCAGCGUCACGCAUCACACUAACCAGUCCGGACCCGUCAGCGAACGCACACGCGCCGAACGAGCACAAUUCGGUCCACAGCACUUCCGGUUCGGUCACGUUCGUACCGAGCCGCUUCCGGAACGGCACACAGUCGCUUCCGGAGCAGCGCGUCCGGGGGACGGUCGAAACGGUCGAAAUUCACACAACACAACAGCCACCAACAACACAGGAUCAUCGUGACGAGUUGUGA